UUAUUAAAAGACUCUGUGAUUUAAAUUUGCUCGAUAUUUUUAAGUUUAGGCACAAAUGUGUGAAUAAUGCGACAUAUAAUAUCAAAAAUUGUUUUUAAAUACUGUGACUAUGAUUAACGAUUAUACUAUAUGUAUAUCUAUACGUAAUUAUACAUAGCAUAACGCUGUUAAACCGCUGUGUAAAGUGAUUUUUUACCAUGAAAGUAGACAUAUGUUUGUUAAAACAAUAAUAGUAAAAUGUCUGAAGAAGUUCAUAUUACAUCGAAGCAUUUAACGACCACCGAGGAGGAGUUUGAAGGGUUUCAAGCAAAUUCGAUUUACGAAGAAGAAGAAUUUAUUACUUUAUCAGAUCUAGUGUCUCCUGAGGAGGAGGUCACAGAGUAUUCCUACAAUUGUGCAGCAGUGCUGGAAAAUAGUGACAUUAGUGAAAAUUUACGUUACGAACAAAAUGACGAUUUAGAUGUUGGUCUUUCAGAAAUCAAAAUUGACGGGAACUCACUACAACAUUUUAAUUCAAAUUAUACCCAAGAUUACGUAGAACCUCAAUUACAGACUAAAAAAAGAGGUUGUAUAACAGAAACUGAAUUAAUUAUAAAGUCACAGACAGCUGCUACCAUACUUACAACUAAAAGAGGUCGAGGAAGAGGCAGGGGGGGAGUUCAAGGAAGAGGUAGGGGAAAAGGCAAUGCAGGAGUACGGGGAAAAGGCAGAGGAGGAGUACAGGGAAAGGGCAGGGGAGGCAGAGGAGGACAACGAGAAAGAGGGGGAGCUCUACGAGGAAGAGGCAGGGGAGGACUAAGAGUUAGAAGCAGGAAAGGACUACAAGAUAGAGGCAGUGUAGGACCACAAGGAAUAAGCAUGGAAGCACUGCCAGAUAUAAGUGAAAAAAAUUGUAACAAUGAAACUCUUACAGAAACUGUAAAAAGCCCUUCAUCAAGUAGCUAUGAAACUCCGAUGGAAAUAAAACCUUGUGUUAGUGUUAAAAAAUCAAAAAGAGGAAGAAAAAGUGAAAAUGUUUCAAAUUAUGACCAAACUGACUCUCAACUUGUUCUUACUAAUGCUAUUGAUGUUACUUCGACUAAGAGUAACUUAAGUAAUUCUGAAAAAAAGCCUAAGAGAGGAAGAGCAAAACCAACAAUAGAGAGUGUGACAACUAGUCAUAUAACUGAAUCAAAUAAUUCUAAUAACUCAAACAGUGGUGAUAGAAAAGUGACCAAAAAGAAAGGACGAAAAACAAAGUCAAAACAAAAUAUUGAUAAUGUAAAUUGUGACAUUUCAGAAAUAAAUAUGACUGCUGUUAUUACUGAUAUAACUUCUUCUAUUGAAAAUGAUCCCUUAAUUAAGGACAAUAAUAAAGGUGAUAUACAGAAAAAUAUUAUUGAUUCAAGUUCAAUUGCUAUAGAAAAUAAAGAAAAUGAUGAAAAUAGUGAUAUGGGUGACGAUAUUUGCUUAAGUGAAUUAAAAUCUCAGCUUGAAAAUGUUGUUUCUGAUAUUGAGAAAAACAAUUUUCCUUCUGAAAAUGACUUGCACAGUAGAAACUCUGGUAGCAAUGAAUCUUCCAACAUCCUCACAGAAAAUCUUCUAAAUAUACCACUUCCAGGUAAUACAGAAAAUAACAUUGUAGAGCCUACAAAAAAUGAAAUAAAAGAAAAUGAUAAAAUGGAGAUAAAAAAUUUGGCAUCAUCUCCAAACUUUUUAGAAACUAAAAGACCUUCUCGAAAUCGAAAUAAACCUGUUUUUAAAUAUGACGAAACUGGGUCAGAAGAUGAAGACCCUUUUGCCAAUAUAGAGCUAUCAGAUGAUGAGCCCAAUAAAAAGAAAAAAGGCAAAUAUAACUCUGAUGAUGAGUAUGUACCAGGAAAACAAAGAACCAAAAAUUCCUCAGACUCUGAUGAUUUUGAGAAUGAAAAUGAAGGAAAAUGCAAAAAAAGAAAAUUUUUUGACAAAUAUGGAAAAAUUAGAAGUCCUAAGAAAAAACGAAGCCAAAAGCUAAUUGACGUCCAAGAACAUAAAGGAGACUCUUCUGAUAUAAUAGAUAUAGAAGACUCCUUAAAAAGUUCGGUAGUACUUAAAAGCUCCCGGGAUGAUAUUACUGACUUUCUUGCCAAAAAAAUUCAAGGAACAGAUAUUAAAAUAUUUAAAGCAAAGCCAACAGGUACAUCACAGACAUCCUUUGAAAUUCCAAUAAUAGACCCAAAUGAGCCUAAAAAAUGUGUUGAAUCUUCUGCUCAGACAAAUAGUAUUAACAUUAAAUCAGCUGGUGUUCAGACAGAUACACAGUAUGAAUGCGGCAUGAUGAAAGAAGUCACUUUAUCUUCUAUUCAAGCAGAAAAGGCUUGUGAGUUUUUAAAAAAUAUUGUAAGUACAACUGCUGAAUUAGGGGAGCUUAUGACCCAAAAGUCUCAGGAGUUUAUUGCAAAAAAAAUUAACACAGAUCAUGUAACAGAUACAUUGAAAAUGGAUUAUUGUGUUAAAAAAUCCUUCUUGUUGUUUAAACUUGCCAAGCAUAAUCUGUUACAAAUGGAGGAAGACUUAGAAAAACAAUAUGAAGAUUUUUUAAAAACUAACAACCUAAUUCAGUACAGAGAACAGAAAAAAGAAAUUACUCCACAAUAUAGAGAAGACAGUGAUUGUGAAAUUAUUGAAGUGGCAGACUCAGUGUCAAAAAAAAGAAGUUCUAAAGAAAAAGCUUUUAAUCCUAAAACUGUGUUUUUAAAUAAGGAACUUUCAAUAAAAAUUGCCAAGAAAACACAAGAACAACCAGCAAAGCAGAAAGAAAAGAUAAAUGUUAAGGGAAAACAUACUGUUUGGAUAAAUGAUUCUAUAAUGGUGAAAAAAGUUAAACCUACACAGUCUUUUUUAGCCCAGGACAGCCGAAACAAAAAACCACCUGAUUAUGUUACAUUGGAAAUGGUUAAAAAGUUUUUUGAUGACUACACAAAACAAAAAAUGUUAUUAAUUUGUAAAAGACUUAACUCUGUUAAAUGGUUAUCUUCCUAUCAAGAAAUAAUAUGUAAUUACUUUAUUAAAGGAACCAGUGAUAUUGGGAGCUCUCAAAUUACUGAAAAUUCUGCAGCUUCAAACUGUCUGUUAAGAACUAACAAUAUAUCACACAUAAUGAAGUCAGAUAAAUUAAGAAAAAAAAGGGAAAAUGAUAUGAUGAAUCCCAAAACCCUAUUGACUUUAUGUAUAGAAAGUUUUCAGAACCAAUAUCAUAAACCAAACCCAAAGACUUUGUUUACUCUUUGUGUAGGAAGCUUUCAAGAACCAUCUAAAAGAUUCAGUCCAAAAAGUUUAUUUACAUUAUGUGUAGAAAGUUUUCAAAAAUCAAGCCAUGAUCCAAAAUCCUUGAUAACAACUUGUAUAGAAGUUAUUCAGAACCAAAUUCUAUAUAGAAAUGCAAGCUCUGUAAAAAUUGAUUAUCAUCAGCAAGAUGAUUCUAUAACACCUUAUUUUCAAAAUAACAAAGUGAAGUCUCUUAAGUUUUUAUGUUUAGUGAAUUUGAAUAAGCUUUUUAUGAUAAAUUGUACACAAAGCAAUAUUUUUAACAUUGAUACAAGUCAUAUUGAAUUAGAUAAUAGGUCACCUAAACCUGAAGUUAAAUGUCUAUCUACAUUAUGUUUUAUGAAAAUUCAAGGACACUAUCUACCUAACAAUCAAAACAACUAUGUGAAUUCAUUAUCACUUAUAACUUUGCAAAUUAUAAAUAAACUGAUGUCAAAUCAACUUGUUAAUACAAAUUAUAAUAGUCAAAACAAUGUAAGAAGACAGAUGGAAAGAACUCAAGAUACAUUAUACUUAAAAUUAAACUUAAAUGAACAAGUGGUUACAACAGAGUUAAAUGAGGUGGGAGACUAUGAGAAAGAUAGUGACAGCGAUGAUUACUCUGACUAUAAUUCUGAAUCAAAUUAUGCAGAAAAAGCUACAGAAGCAACUAGUUGGGUCUCUAAAGUUCAAUUGCACGAUUUACAUUCUGGAGCCCAGUCUUUACUUCAUAGUGGCAAUCAAGAAGAUACUAAUAUAAUCUAUAAUGUUUCUUCAAAAGUUUGCAGACUGGAACAAAUAAAAAUUGAGCCAAUUGAACCAGAAAUAACAACUUCUUUAGAAGCUGUUAAAGUGGAACCCUUUGAUGUAACUGACAAUAAUGAAAGCAUUAUUGCAUCUAGCAGCUUUUUAACUAAAGAAGAGUUUAUUGAUCAUAUAUCUGAAGAAAACAGACCACAAGUAACCAAAGGAUCUUUUAGCUCAUUUGAUGUUGAUGUAUUUGAGUCAUUUGUGCAGUCAAAUAGGAUGAUAGAAGAUAUAAAUACAACUAAUUUAAUAUCACAUCCUGAUGAGAUCUAUAGCCAAAGUUCUCAAAGAAUUCGCAGGCAAUAUGAUCCUGAUUCUGAUGAAGAAAAUAUAAAUUCUGUCGACAGUAUGGGUCUAUUAGUUCCCCAAAGCAUAGAACAAGCAAAGGACAGUUUGUUAGGAAAUAGUUCUGAUGAUGGGGUACAGCAUAUGGAUAAGGCAGUUAAAAAAAGGUAUUUUCGUUCCCAAUCAGGAAAAAAGAUGACUAAAGGAUUGACAAAUACUACAGAAAAAAAUUUUAUUGGAAAAGAAGUAGAGAAUUGUGCAAGAAAAAUGAGAGGCAAAAUUAGAUUAGAAGAGAAACGUGACUGUGAUACACCUUUGAUAUCAAGAAAAACUAGGCAGGCUGAAUUACCUGAAACAAAUGAUAAUAAACGUGUAGCUGAGAACAUAGCUAAACCUUCCACAAAUGAAAAUAUUAUUUCAGAGAAAGAAAUUCAAUGCAAUGACGUGGAUUCAACUGAAAUUAUAACCCGAGACAACUCCAAAAAUUCCCGGAGAACUAAAAACUGGCAUAAGAAUAGUGAUAACAAUCAUGAUAAUUCACUGAAUUAUGACCUAGAUGUACCUUCUGAACUGUUAGAAUGUGAACCAGAUAUCUCAAUUGGAACUAAUAAUAUAUGUUCUGUAAAAUUUAAAGAAACAAAUAUAAACAAGUGUAAACCCACGUCUGAGCAAAAUUUGGAAGUCAACAUGAAGAAUGAACUGAAAUGUGUUGAAAGAAAUGGUUGGAAAUGUUACGAAAUAGAUCAUAAAGAUUCCAAACUUUAUGAUGAGGUAUCGAUUGCAUUAGAGAAGCUUCCUGAAUCCUUUAUUAAAACAUAUAUAAGAUUUCAAGGUAUUACAGAUAAAAGUGAGGACGACACGGAAGUUGAUAGACUAACAAAUUUAAAUUCCUUACAUCGUCAUUUACCUAAAGGUAAAGAAAGUCGCACAAUCAGAGAACGGAAGAGCUUUAAAAAAAUAAAAAAUGUAGUCAUUAAGCAGGAAAGUAACGAUAACAACAAUGACAAUGAGCAUUUUGCAGAACUUACUCCUUCCGAAGAUGAAACUGCCGAUAUAUUGGUCCCAGAGGUACAAGAUACAGACAACAAACUGGCAAAGAAUCUUCUUUUGGGAGACGAUGAGAGUGAUACAGAACAAGUAAAUAAAUCGAAUGUAUGUAUUGAUGUGAAACAGGAACCGGAAACUUCACAAGGAACUAAAAUUCAUUCAAGUACCAAAACGAAAGUUGCAAUGACCGCUGAUGGUUUAGACGUCAUGCUCACAGCAGAUAUAAUGAUGAAUAAAGAAUUAACUCUCCUACAUACUCCAGUCGCUCUAAAGGAGGAAGUGGCGCCGACAGAUUCGAAAGACCUUCAGAAAAUUAGGAACUCAUUCAAAGCUGGCGUUAAGAAGUCAAGACAAAGUGCUCCCAAAGAUGACGAUGACUCUUCUUCAGAAGAAGAGAAGCAGUGGGUCAACAGAAAAGAAAAAAUGCUCAAGCGAAUGGGAAAAAAACAAGAAAUCACUCAAGAGGACGAAGCGAAAGGAGCGAAACGAGUGAGCGAAUUUAUUGAAAAGUGUUGUGAUGGACCCAGGCCUGUCAGGGGAAGAGGAAAGAGAUCCCGGAAGAAGUUACUCGAGAAACGGAAGCAGAUGAAAGUGUUAGCUAAAGAACUUUUGUUUGAAUCUGGAUCCGGCAAAAGAUCCUCGCAAACCUACGGGAAGGGACGACGUAAUAUUCGAAAGGUGAUAGACAAGAAGUCCCUUCAGCGAGACACAGUGAGGGCGAACAUGCAAGAGUUCGAGAGGAAACAGAGGCUCGCUCAUCGUUUGCUUGAAUUGCGAGAACGACUGGGCUGCGAAGAAGGUGUGAACGUGGUCGUGAUAAACGGCGAACUUUGCCUGGAGUACGACUUUGACAAAAACGCGCCCGUCGCCAGCGUACACCCCUACUUCACCGGCGUUAUGAAGGCGCAUCAGUACGAGGGAGUGAAAUUUAUGUGGGACGCCUGCUUCGAGACCGUGGAACGGGUGAGCGGCGGCCAUCCCGGAAGCGGUUGCAUAUUGGCGCACUGUAUGGGUCUCGGGAAGACCCUGCAGGUCCUGGCUCUCUUACACACGGUUCUCACUCACCCGAUGCUGAACAUGCGUCGGGUGUUGGUGUGCUGCCCUCUAUCCACUGUGCUGAAUUGGGUGGACGAGAUUCAUAAAUGGAUUGGUCCGGUCACAAACGAAAUUAAGGUGUUCGAGUUGUCAAAACUGAAGAAAACUUACGAACGGGCUUACCAAUUGGAGGAUUGGUACAGCGGAGGUGGAAUAUUCAUCGUCGGAUACGAAUUGUUCCGAAGUCUCACGACGCUGGACGCGGACAUCGAUGACGUCAGACCGACGAUUAUUAAGAAGAUUCGCACGGCCCUGUUGGAGCCGGGCCCCGACGUGGUCAUAUGCGACGAGGGACAUCUGCUGAAGAACGACAGCUCGGUCUUAGCGGUGGCCAUGAGCAGGGUGACCACCAAACGCCGCAUAGUGCUGACCGGCACUCCGAUGCAGAACAACCUCAGAGAGUACUACUGCAUGGUCAACUUCGUCAAGCCACACCUCUUGGGGACGUAUUAUGAGUUUUCAAAUAGAUUCGAAAACCCGAUCAUGAACGGCCAGCACCGAGACUCGAUAGAGGAAGACAUAAGACUGAUGAAGACCCGGACUCACAUCCUGCACAAAGUGCUGGAAGGUUGCCUCCAGCGCCAGGAGGCCUCGGUCCUCUACCCUUAUUUGCCCAAGAAAUACGAGUACACGGUUUUCAUCCCCUUGACCGUGUGCCAGCGGAACAUGUACAAGCACUACUUGGAGAACUACGCGAGGAGGGGCAGGCAGAUGGUGCUCAAGGACUUUCACACGCUGCAGAAGAUCUGGACGCACCCGCAAGUGCUGCACAACUUCCAAACUAAGGCCAGGGACGAGGAGAAUAAGAAUAUUAAAGUCGAAAAGCUGGAGGAUGACCUGGCGCACGAAGACAUCGCGGCGUCGGAAGACGUGAAGCCCGCCCCGACGGAGGUGUGGUGGCCGCAAUACCUGGAGGGAGGCGACACGCUGGACUCCUUGCACUGUUCCAACAAGUUCCAGGUCGUCUUCGACCUGCUCGACGAGUGUGUGGCCCUCGGGGACAAAGUACUCAUAUUCUCGACGUCCCUGUUCACGAUGGACACCUUGGAGUACUUUCUGCGGUCGAUCAACAAGUGGAGCUUGGGGCGGGACUACUAUCGCCUGGACGGCUCGGUGCCCGCGGAGGUGCGGCAGAAGUGGUGCAGGGAGUUCAACGCGCCGCAAAAUCAUAGGACCAAGCUUUUUCUAAUAUCGACUCGAGCCGGCUGUCUCGGCUUGAACAUGACCGCCGCCAACCGAGUCAUAAUCCUCGACACGUCGUGGAAUCCCGCGCACGACAUUCAGAGCAUCUUCAGAGUCUACCGAUUCGGACAGAAGAAAGACUGCUUCAUAUAUCGUCUCGUCGCUAUGGGCACCAUGGAGCAGAAGAUGUACGAACGGUCGGUGACAAAACAGGCGGUCUCCUGUCGGGUCGUCGACGAGCAGCAGAUCGACAGACACUACAAUUCGGCCGAACUCACCGAGCUGUACAGCUGGGACGAGGAGGGCUGGGGCGUGCUGGCGGGAAUGGCGCCGGGCGUCCGGGACCCGGCCCUGCUGCGCGUGGCGGGCGCCGGAGCCGUGCACGCCGUGCGCGAGCACGACUCGCUGCUGCGCGGCUCCGAGCCCGCGCUGCCCGAGGACGAGCGCGCCGCCGCCUGGCAACAGUUUCAGCUGGAGCACGCCGAAGGACAUCGAGCCCACGUCGUCACAGCCGCGAAGCGGAUGGAUCAAGCGAACCGCCGGCUGGACGCGAAGCCCCCCGCGGGAGCCUUCGAAGCUCUCGCCUCGACGGAGCCGGUCGCGACCUCGAAGACCGCGAGACCCAAGAAGAGAGCGAGCUCGGCCGACGUUCCCGACCGGCCCGAGAGGGAAGACCCGCCCGGAGACGACGACGCAGAGCACGAAUUAGUGAAGAAAAUUAUGAAGAUACUCAUCUCUCACAAAUUUCACGAAACCGCCAAACCGGAAGAGAUCACCGCCCUCGUUGCCAACAUUAGGAGACUCGUCGUGUCCGGAAUGAGCGGUGAUAUUUCUGUCGACGAACCGGUGGCGAGCAGCAUCGCGGCGGUGCUUCUGAGAGACCUGAACUCGGCCUCGGACCUUCCGGCCGCCGCCGGCGACGUCCCGGUGCCCGAAGGCGACAGACUCUCGGCCGGCGUGGGCGCCGGCACUGCCCACGAUACCGAUUCAGCUUCCGAUAGAAAGAAACGCUCCACGCGCAGAGCCGCCUUGAGAGCAGAACGGACUUUCGAAAUUAUCGACGACGACCCGUCCAAUCACGCCGAGGAUGUCGAAUGGGACGCGGGAGAGGGCUGCAAGAAGAAAUCGAAAUGCAAGCACAAGGAAAGCGAGAACGUGCGCCCGGUCUCAAGCCUAUCCGUCGAAACAAGUCGAAAGCUGCCAUGCAGCAUCGUGAUCAGCGAUGACGAAGUCGACGAUUCGCCCGUCUCGACGCUAGAAAAAAGGAACGAAGUCAAAACGGAUUCGAGGCGUGAGAAGAUAAAGUUAAAGAGGUCAUCGAAACGGGAUGUCGAGAUCCCACCUGCCGAGGAGACUGAUCGUGCGGAAGCGGUGCCUUUGCAUCCCUCUCUGCUGACGGACGAUAACUUCAUAAAGAUCGUGGCCCACACCUACUUGAAGGGAAACCCGAUGCUCACGGAAGACGCGGCCGUGAUGGCCGCCCACUACAGCACCAGCAAGGCACUCAAGGAGCUUCAGUCUUCGGGGAACCCCAUCACCGACGGACCCAUUUACGACGUCGCCGUCAAGGUCCUAGGUAAAACUCUUUUGAAGAAAAUGCAUCUGAACAAAUACGUGUCUUCUGCGUGUGCCUCCACUCGUGACAAAGAAGCAAAAGCACAAACCUCUACAGCGAUUAAACCAAACCACCAAGUCGUCGCCGCAUCAACGCCGCCAUCCACAAAUGCUCAGGUCAUAACAGACGACGAGGACGAUCUACAGAUAGUGAUUCCGAAAGAAAACCCUCCCAAGAAGAAACCCUUUGUAGGACCCAAGUCUCGUAAACUUCAGAUGGAAGGAAAGCAAACUAAAGUCAGUCCACCGACCACGGCAAGUGUCGAGAAGCCCGAGACUUCGCGACCGGAAGCGAGCAAAAUCUUCCCCGUCGGCAUGUUCAUCGGCCCCGGCCCCGGUAGUCCCGCUAAGAAAUCUUCCUUUGUGGAAGAGUGUAUUUUGCCUGAUGACGACGAUGACGUCAACCUUGCACCCGUUCACCCAUCUUCAAUUCCAAAAUGUACACCCGUUCAGUCCGCGUCUCAAAAUCGCUUACAGUCUACUCGGCAGCCUACUCGAGAGUCGACGCUCGCGCGAGGACCCGAAGCCGAUACGCAGAUAAAGUAUCCCAAAUUAUUACCGAAACCGCAUACCAUACCUCUUCCCGUUCAAAAUUGUCCUUCAAAACAGACGGCUUCUGUGAGUAAUGCUUCCACGGCGGUUCGCCGGGUACCAAACGAAAAAAUAGCUCCGAAUACCAGAGUCAAAAUAGUAGAGAAAGUAAGCGAAGCAUCUGGAAGCUCUCAACCUAAAACGGCCAGUGUAGCAUUUGAUUCGGAACCUAUAUGUCUUUCGGACAGCGACGAUGACUCCUCGGUAAACCCUGAAGGAGUCGAGAUUCCCGUGAGUCUGACGUCCUCCUUUCGACAGGCUCCCGACGCCCUCCCGACCUCCGGCCCACUGUUGCUACAGACUGCAAGUUUCAAGGCCAACAGUCCGUUCGGUCUUCCCCCUGCGAUCAAGAAUAUGUUAGACCCGACGAAAAAAUAUUAUUGGAUACCUUCGUCAUCGCUUCCUUUUCUUCAGAAGCAAAACGUCGUUUUGAAAGAUGCGUCGAUUCCCGGCGUUAAUACAAAUUCGGUUUCCAGUGUUUAUACACAUUGCACUCCCAGUGUUAAUGUAUAUUCGGUUCCCGUCGAGAACGACAUACUGCCGAAGGAGAAUCCUUUAGCCAGUAAUGUGCUAACCGGUGAUGGACAAUUGCACGUACGACGAGUUUCUACGACCGCUUCCCAUCCGACUAUCGCUCAGCCUUUGCCGAAAGCCGCCCACGUGACGUAUGGUACUAGGCAGAAUAUCGCUUCGAAAGCUAAAAGCACAGCCGGCUGUGCGUCUAGCUCUGUCGUAAAGAUACAUAAGAGAGAAAGUAGAGUGGAGAUAAAAUCUAAUAAUAAACCAGGAACUGUAUCUGCUCGGAGUUCGAUUCCGGAAACGAAUCGUAAACAAAAUACUGUAUCCAAGCAAGGACUUCCCGAUAUCGAAAUACUGGAUGACGAUCCUCCGCCGACUACGAGUACGACUACCAAUCGUACGUAUCGCACAAUCCGAUCACCGACUCCUCCCGAUGACGAUCCUAUGUCAAUUUUCAAAAACGUUGUUCACAUUCAAGCCCCUCAGCCGGACAUAAUAGAAGCCAUAGGAACAGCUAAGCGGACAGUUCCAGAAAACCCUCCUACGAAAUCGAAAACGGCCAGUCUACAGAAACAUAAUAUUUCCCAAAAACCUAGUGUCUCACUUCAAAGUGAGCAUAAAAAGAAGUUAAACGACCUACGUAGCCAACCCACCAGCACCCUAAUUAAAAAGACUGCGACAUCUGUGUCCAAAAAGCCGGCUUCGGUCACACUCGAUCUCACAGAUUUAGAAUCGAGCGAGUUCGAUAAAAAGAGGCUCAGAUUGGAUUUACUUAAGAGAUUGGAGAAAGCCAAAUGGGCGAAUGCAAACUUUAAAACGAACCUAAACACUCAAACAAACGCGAGCAAUGCUAGCACUGACCUCAGAGGCCGAGGCUCCAGCCGCGUCAAGCAGACUGCGACGAAUGCCUCCACAGAGCAGAAAGCCUGCUCUUUUGUCGACUUAACGGCAUUCCCUGUAAAUACACCGACAAAUACGCCUAAUAUGGACAAUAAGCGUCCAUCGCCGUGGUCAAAACGUGAUAUAAAGAAACCUAAAAGGUUGCAAACUCUCGAAGAUUUCGACUUGGAUGAUAUUGACGAUAUCACCGAAUUAGAAUAGGAUCUUGUGCUACUACUGUAUUUGCAGUGGGAAAGUAUUUUUUAGAAGUACAUAUAUUUUUGUUGUCAUGUGAGAAGCGGUCCGUUAACGAACUGAAAUUAAGUGAUUUUUUAAUUAAAGUAGUCUUUGUUAAUUUAGGUAUGAAAGUGAAGUUUUGCAUUUAUUCUAUUACAAGGAGGAUUCUGUUUCCAUCGUGAAUACGUAUUCGGUUUUUUUCUGACAUUAUGAAUAGACUUUUGUUUUAUAGUGACAUCUCAUUUUAUGUAUCUGAAUGAACGAAGCUCCUUUUAAUAAUAAUAAUUAUUAUAUAUAAGUAGGUAUAUUUAAGAAUUGAUCAUUAACGUUGUGAUUUGUUAAAGUGAAGGUUAGGCUGAGAGAUAAUAUUGUGUCCGAGAUGUAUCUUCGAAAGUAAAAUACUAUUAUGCGAA